GGCCCGGGACCGCUUGCUCCGAGCGCGCAGACUUCUCCGCCGGACUGAGGACGCCGCCCGCCCCGGGCCGCCCCUACGCUCGCCUUCCGCGCCCGCUCGGCCUACCGCCCCCGGGCCGGCUCCGCUUCCAGCCAGCGUCGGAGCGCAGAGCUCCCGCCCCCGGGAGCCUCCCGGCCGUCGGCGGACCCCGCGGCCCCGGCGCCCGCGCGCUCGGCGCCCUGCUCGCGGGGCACAGCGGAGGGCGGCGGCCGGCUGGGGAUGGGCGGCCCGGCGGCGCGGAGGGGCGCCGGGGGGCUCCGCGCGCUGCUCCUGGCGCUGGUGGCCGCGGGGACGCCCGCGGGCGCCUACAACCUCGACCCGCAGCGCCCCGUGCUCUUCCAGGGGCCCGCCGGUUCCUUCUUCGGCUACGCGGUGCUGGAGCACUUCCACGACAACACGCGCUGGGUUCUUGUGGGCGCACCAAAGGCAGAGUCCAAGUACAGCACUUCAGUGAGGUCCCCUGGGGCUGUGUUUAAGUGUCGUGUCCAUACCAACCCUGACCGGAGAUGCACCGAAUUGGACAUGGCUCGAGGGAAGAAUCGGGGCACGCCGUGUGGAAAGACUUGCCGGGAAGACCGGGAUGAGGAGUGGAUGGGGGUGAGCCUGGCCCGGCAGCCCAAGGCGGAUGGCCUCGUGCUGGCCUGUGCCCACCGCUGGAAGAACAUCUACUACGAAACAGACCACAUCUUGCCCCACGGCUUCUGUUACAUCAUCCCGUCCAACCUCCAGGCCAAAGGCAGGACGCUGAUCCCUUGCUAUGAAGAGUACAAGAAGAAGUACGGAGAGGAACAUGGCUCCUGCCAAGCCGGGAUAGCAGGCUUCUUCACUGAGGAGCUGGUGGUGAUGGGCGCCCCAGGGUCAUUUUAUUGGGCCGGGACAGUCAAAGUGCUGAACCUUACGGACAACACCUAUUUCAAACUGAAUGAUGAAGCCAUUAUGAACAGGCGGUACACUUACCUGGGCUAUGCAGUGACGGCCGGCUCCUUCUCUCGCCCGUCCACCACUGAUGUCGUAGGAGGUGCCCCCCAGGACGAAGGCAUCGGGAAGGUUUAUAUUUUUAGAGCUGAUCGAAGAUCGGGUACCUUAAUUAAGAUAUUCCAGGCAUCAGGUAAAAAGAUGGGCUCUUACUUCGGCUCCUCCUUAUGCGCAGUUGACCUGAAUGCAGACGGCCUCUCUGACCUGCUGGUGGGGGCCCCCAUGUUCUCUGAGAUCAGGGAUGAGGGGCAGGUCACCGUCUACAUCAACAGAGGAAAUGGAGCCCUGGAGGAGCAGCUGGCCCUGAGUGGCGAUGGCGCCUACAACGCACACUUUGGGGAGAGCAUUGCCAGCCUAGGCGACCUUGAUGAUGACGGGUUCCCAGAUGUGGCCAUUGGCGCACCCAAGGAGGACGACUUCUCCGGGGCCGUCUAUAUCUAUCAUGGUGAUGUUGGUGGGAUCGUCUCUCAGUACUCAAUGAAGCUGUCCGGCCGGAAGAUAAGUCCGGUUCUGCGGAUGUUUGGGCAGUCCAUAUCAGGAGGCAUUGAUAUGGAUGGAAAUGGCUAUCCUGAUGUAACUAUUGGAGCCUUCAUGUCGGACAGCGUGGUUCUUCUAAGGGCGAGACCCGUCAUUACGGUGGACGUCUCCAUCUUCCUCCCAGCCUCCAUCAACAUCACGGCGCCUCAGUGUCACGACGGGCUGCAGCCUGUGAACUGCCUGAACGUCACCGCCUGCUUCAGCUUCCACGGCAAGCACGUUCCAGGAGACAUUGGCCUCAAUUACGUUCUGACGGCUGAUGUGGCCAAAAAGGCAAAGGGCCAGUUGCCCAGAGUCUACUUUGUGUUGCUGGGAGAGUCCUUGGGUCAGAUCACAGAGAAGCUGCAGUUGGUCCACAUGGAGGAGACGUGUCAUCACUACGUGGCCCAUGUGAAGCGGCGAGUGCAGGACGUCAUCAGUCCCAUUGUGUUUGAGGCCGCCUACAGCCUGGGUGAACAUGUGACUGGAGAGGAGAGGGAGCUGCCAGCUCUGACACCAGUGCUCCGCUGGAAGAAGGGACAGAAGAUUGCCCAAAGGAAUCAGACCGUCUUUGAAAGGAACUGCCGCUCAGAGGACUGUGCCGCGGACCUACAGCUCCAGGGUCAGCUGCUGCUCUCCAGCGUUGAUGGGAAAACCCCGUAUCUAGCUUUGGGGGCUGUAAAGAAUAUCUCCCUAAACAUCUCCAUCUCAAACCUCGGGGACGAUGCCUAUGAUGCCAACCUGUCCUUCAACGUUUCCCGGGAGCUCUUCUUCAUCAACAUGUGGCAGAAGGAGGAAAUGGGCAUUUCCUGUGAGCUGCUUGAAUCAGACUUCCUCAAAUGCAGCGUGGGAUUUCCUUUCAUGAGGUCAAAAUCAAAGUACGAAUUCAGCGUGAUCUUUGACACAAGCCACCUGUCUGGGGAAGAGGAAGUUCUUAGCUUCAUCAUUACUGCUCAGAGUGGCAACAUGGAACGUUCCGAGUCCCUGCAUGACAACACCCUUACGCUGACGGUGCCUCUGAUGCACGAAGUGGACUCGUCCAUCACUGGAAUCAUGUCUCCAACCUCUUUUGUGUACGGCGAGUCUGUGGACGCAUCUAACUUCAUUCAGCUAGAUGACCUGGAGUGUCAUUUCCAGCCCCUCAACAUCACCCUUCAGGUAUAUAACACUGGGCCAAGCACCCUUCCUGGGUCAUCUGUCAGCAUCGCUUUCCCCAAUCGGCUGUCACCUGGAGGGGCAGAGAUGUUCCAUGUGCAAGAGAUGGUGGUGAGCCAAGAGAAGGGAAACUGCUCUUUCCAGAAAAACCCAACACCCUGCAUCAUCCCUCAAGAGCAAGAAAAUAUCUUCCAUACAAUAUUUGCCUUUUUCACCAAGUCUGGAAGAAAAGUCUUGGACUGUGAAAAACAAGGAAUUUCUUGCCUAACAAUGCACUGUAACCUUAGUGCGCUUGCUAAAGAAGAAAGUCGUACUAUAGACAUUUACAUGCUGCUGAACACAGAAAUAUUGAAAAAGGACAGCUCAUCUGUCAUCCAGUUUAUGACCCGCGCCAAGGUCAAGGUGGACCCUGCCCUGAGGGUGGUGGAGAUAGCCAAUGGGAACCCAGAAGAGAUGAUGGUGGUCUUCGAAGCCUUGCACAACCUGGAGCCUCGGGGCUAUGUGGUGGGCUGGAUCAUCGCCAUCAGUUUGCUGGUGGGAAUCCUCAUCUUCCUGCUGCUGGCUGUUCUGCUCUGGAAGAUGGGCUUCUUUCGCCGAAGGUACAAAGAAAUCAUUGAAGCUGAGAAAAACCGGAAAGAGAACGAAGAUGGUUGGGACUGGGUCCAGAAAAACCAGUGACCUGCCACGCCAGCCACGUGACCCAGUCAUUUUGCCCGUCGUCCUUGUUCUUUGUAUCUUCCAUAUUUGGAAGAAAGAAUCUUCUCCAGAUUUUUCGGAGGCCCCACUGACGCUGUUCUCUUCCUCACGUUACCAAGCCCAGGAGCCAACCUGGGGUAGCCUCUCCGGCCAGGUCACGGGACUGGAGCCACCACCCAUUUCCUUUCAGAAAUGAACUCCGAACUUGGGAAAAGCAAGCACCAGAGCUGAGCGAUAUUUAUGGAUGCAACGUGCGUGGUCAACCCUCAGGGGAAAACUGUUACCUAAAAGUAUUUUUAUAAAUACAAGCCUUUUAUACUGAUUAUGUCUUUAUAUUUGUAUCGAUGUUUUAUUAUUUCUAUUAAAUAGUUCUAUAAUUCA